GUCAGCCAUAUUGGUUGUCUAAAAGUUUUUUUUUUUCAUGUGUUUUUAUGUCAAAUAUUUUUCCCAGAAAAAAAAAAAAAUAAACAAAUAAAUAAUAACAACUGUGUUUGUGUUUUUUUUUCGACAAUAAUAAUUGACCCAAUUUGGGGAGUAACUUGUAAAAUUUUAUAAACAAAAGAAAUGAGCUCACAUCAUCAUUUAAAUCCUCCUUCUGGUGAGGUUAUACAUAUUAAUCAUUUGUCUGAAGACAUUGGUGCAUUAUAUUUAUCAAAUGAUUAUUCUGAUGUAACACUUGUUGUAUCAGAACAAAAAUUUAAUGGUCAUCGUGUUAUACUUGCAUCAAGAAGUCAAUAUUUUCGUGCAUUAUUAUUUGGUGGUUUAAAAGAAUCAAUGCAACAAGAAAUUGAAUUAAAAGGUACAACAGUACCUGUUUUUAAAGAGUUACUUAAAUAUAUUUAUACUGGACAUUUAUCAUUAUCAAAUCAACGUGAAGAGACAAUUCUUGAUAUAUUAGGAUUAGCACAUCAAUAUGGUUUUGUUGAUUUAGAAAUGUCAAUAUCUGAUUAUCUCAAAGAAAUAUUAAGUAUUAAAAAUGUAUGUUUAAUAUUUGAUGCAACACGUCUUUAUCAACUGGACAGAUUAACAAAAGUUUGUCAUCAAUAUAUGGAUAAACAUGCACUAGAAAUAAUAAAACAUGAAAGUUUUUAUCAAUUAAGUUCAAAUGCAAUUAAUGAACUUGUAUCAAGAGAUUCAUUUUAUGCACCUGAAAUUGAUAUUUUUUUGGCAAUGCAAUCAUGGGUUAAAGCUAAUCCUGAUAUUGAUCCCAAUAAAGUAUUAGGACAAGUUAGAUUGAGUUUAAUUGCAAUAACAGAUUUGUUAAAUUUGGUACGACCAACUGGUCUUGUAUCACCUGAAGCAAUUUUAGAUGCAAUUGCAGCACGUACACAAACAAGAGAUUCAGAAUUAAUAUAUCGUGGACGUUUACUUGUUGAUGAAAAUGUUGCACAUCCACGUUAUGGUGCACAAGUAUUACAAGGUGAAAUGAGAAGUUAUUUACUUGAUGGUGAUACAUCAAAUUAUGACAUGGAAAGAGGUUAUACACGACAUGUUAUAACUGAAUCAAAAGAUCAUGGUAUAUUAAUUAAACUUGGCACACAAAGUAUUAUAAAUUAUGUUAAAAUUUUAUUGUGGGAUCGUGAUUUACGAUCAUAUUCGUACUACAUAGAAAUAUCAAUUGAUCAAAAAGAUUGGGUGAGAGUUAUUGAUCAUUCAGAUUAUUUUUGUCGAAGCUGGCAGUAUCUUUAUUUUGAGCCAAGAGUUGCUCUUUAUAUUCGUAUUGUUGGUACAAAUAAUACCGUAAAUAAGGUAUUUCAUGUUGUCAGUUUUGAAGCAUAUUAUACAAAUCAUAGUGAAAAUUUAUUAAAUGGUUUUGUUGCACCAAAUGUUAAUGUUGCAACAAUGGAUAAAAGUGCUAGUGUUAUUGAGGGUGUUUGUCGUUCAAGAAAUGCACUUUUAAAUGGUGAUACAUCAAAUUAUGAUUGGGACAGUGGUUAUACAUGUCAUCAGCUUGGUUCUGGUUCAAUUUUAGUACAACUUGGUCAACCAUACAUGAUUGAUUCAAUGAAAUUGUUAUUGUGGGAUUGUGAUGAUAGAUCGUAUUCUUAUUACAUUGAAGUAUCUGGUAAUUCUUGGAAUUGGACUAGAAUUGCUGAUCGUUCAACUGAAAGUUGUCGUUCAUGGCAAACAAUUAAAUUUUCACCAGCAAGACCAGUUGUGUUUAUUAGAAUUGUUGGUACACAUAAUACAGCUAAUGAAGUAUUUCAUUGUGUACAUUUUGAAUGUCCAAUACGUAAUGAUAAUGAUAAUGAUAAAAAAUUAUCACCAAUUAAAAAAAAUAAAUGCUUAGAUGCUAUUGCAUUACCACCACCACCACCAAUACCAUCAACAGCAGCAUCAGCAACACCAGGAACAACUGAAACAGCAACUGAAGCUGUUAAUAUUGAUCAAGAUGAUAAUCAUUCAACAGGUGAUUCAGCUGUUUCUGUUGAGCUUCAAGAAUCGAAAUAAUUUCGAUUAUUAUUGAAAAAAAAAGACAUUGAUCUCAAUUUACGGUUUGAAGUUUAAACGUAAAAUUUUAUUUUAAAUAUCAAAAAUUUACUCGGAGAGUUGAUUAAUUAAGAAAAUAUUUUAUUUUACAUUAAUUAUUUAAAUAAUAUAUAUAUUUUUUACAUAUUUAUUAUUCAGUUAUUUUUUUGUUUUGUCAUAAGAAAGAUUAUUUUUAUUUUAAUAGUAAUUUAAAUUAUCAGUAUUUUAUUACUAAAAAUUUUCAUUUUAUUUUACUUUUUCUUUUGGUUUUUUUUUUCUCUAGUCUUUAAAUUUUCUUUUGAUUAUUUGUAAAUUAAAUUAUAGUUAAUUAUUCAAGUAAAAAAAUAAUGUUGUAAAUUUUCUGGAAUAUUAUUAACUAAAUAUAGUGUAUAAAAAUGUUGAGAUAUGAGUAUUUAAUAAAGGUUUGUUUAUUCAAGUAUAAAACUAUAAAA